GCACUACUAUUUUCUCUCUUUCUCUCUCUAAAUUAUUGUUUGCUGUGGAGAUUUUCUCGAUCACUCUUCUUAGCUGCAAUGGAUAUGGAAAUCGACGAGUUUGCUUCACACUACUCUCAAGCUGAUAACAAGCUUAAACCCAAAGAGGAUGCUGUGGCCAAGGAUUUUGAGAAGUCUACUAUUGUAGUGGGAUCAACGUCUGGAUCUCUAAAUUCAGUCAAUCUCAAUGGUUCAAAUUCAGAUCUGUCAUUUCAUAAUGAUAAUGAUGCCAAUGUUGCAAUUGAUGAAGGCGACGAUCUUUCUUGUUAUGAUGAUAAUGACGAUUAUAUGUAUGACGACACCUACUGUGAUUACAUGAUGAGUAUGCAAGCCCAAUUUGAUAAUGUGGAUUUGCCUCCUGGGGUAGAGGCAUCAGUUUCUUGGUUGAAAAAUUCUGCUCCAAGUGCAAAUGCCCCUGCUUCUACUAGCGCUUCACCCCCCAGUGAUGCCGUGGGUCAGCCUUCAGGGGAAGGAAUUUCUUCCUUAAAAAUUUACGAUCCAGCCAAUGGCAAAAAUGAGGCUGAUAUCACAAGCAGUUCAACAGUGAUUGCAGAAUCAAGUUCCGUUGGGAAAGAGCAAGAAGAAAAAGAUGAUGAAUUUCUCAGAAAGUUUCAACUUUUUAAACGGUUUGAUACUGUUGAUGAUUUUUCGGAUCAUCACUUUAGCCGUCUAGGCAUGUCAGGCCAGCAGCCACCCAAGAGUUGGACAAAGAAAAUUCAGGAAGAAUGGAAAAUCCUGGAGAAGGACUUACCUGAUAUGAUAUAUGUAAGAGUUUAUGAAACAAGGAUGGAUCUUUUGAGGGCCAUCAUUGUAGGACCAGCAGGCACUCCUUACCAUGAUGGUCUGUUCGUCUUUGACGUGUUAUUCCCUCCUACCUAUCCUGAUAUACCACCGAUGGUUUACUACUAUUCUGGUGGCCUUCGACUAAACCCAAACUUGUAUGAUUGUGGGAAAGUCUGUCUCAGCCUCCUGAACACAUGGAGUGGUGACAAGAAUGAGAUGUGGAUGCCAAAGAAAUCAACCAUGUAUCAAGUUCUUGUCUCUAUACAAGGUUUGAUAUUGAAUGCAAAGCCCUUUUUUAAUGAGCCUGGGUAUGCCAAUAUGUAUGGUGGGCCAGAGGGAGAAAAGAGAUCAAAAGCUUACAAUGAGGAUGUGUUUAUUCUAUCUCUGAAGACAAUGAUGUAUACACUGAGGAGACCCCCAAAGCAUUUUGAGGACUUCGUUACUGGUCAUUUUCGUCUUCGCGCACAUGACAUUCUGUCGGCAUGUAAAGCUUACAUGGCAGGUGCUGAAGUAGGGUCUGCAGAUGAAGAAGUCCAGGAUACUGAUAAGGCAGAAAAGAACCAAACUUGUGAAUUCAAGGCAGCAAUAGCUAGAAUGAUGAAUAGUCUAGUUACAAACUUCAGCAAAAAUGGAUCGAAGGACUGUGAGCAGUUCCGUCUUCAAGGUUGAUAUCUGGUGAGGCUGAUGUUGGGGCUAAUGCAUGGCAGGUUGGGCCUUUUAAGUGCCUUUUGGUAGUCAAGUUUUUGAUGAUACUGCACAGAUACCACUAUAGAGGAAUAUCUUUGGGAUUCAAUAUAGGUGUAAAUAAGGUAGGGUAUUUUAGGGAUGAAAACAAAUGUUCUAGUCGUAUAGUUUAUUGCAUCUCAUCUCUAAAUGAAAUGAAUCUGGCUUUCUUGUUUAUGCUCACUAAUGCCAUCCUUCCCAUUUAGUAAAUGCUUCAUUAUAUCAUUGUUGUGUUUUUGAAGCUUAAGUGGGGUUUUGGCAAAUUUUAUGCUCUUAUUAUGGGCUAAUUUGUAUGAAUGACACUGAUAAUAUUAUGCAACUAUUAAUGUGUAUACCAUUAAGUGGCAAUCGUCCAACUGAGUGUAUGGUGCGGAUAUCUUUGAUCUU